GCCCGUUCGCACGGAACUACCGUACGUAUGAACGUACCGUAUCCGUACGACAGGCACACACAGAUCGGAGAGCACUACCUGCAGAGGAGUGGGUACCAAUGCCCAGAUUCUCGACUGACACGCCUGAUAUCUGUGGCAGCGCAGAAAUUCAUUGGGGAGAUAGCAAGCGAUGCACUGCAGUACUGUAAACUUCGACAGCAAGCACUUGCGAGGGAGAAGCGAGACAGGGGACCCACAUCUAAGGAUAAGAGAUUGGUUCUGACUAUUGACGACUUGUCCGCAGCACUACGAGAGUAUGGUGUGACUUUGAGAAAGCAGGAGUAUUUUGCGGAUUCACCCGCUGUAGGGGGUGUGCCCACUACCAAGGACAAGGCGCCAGCAAAGUAGCGUCAGCGAUCUUUGAACGACAGAGGGAUCAUUACAGAGUACCUACCUGACCUAGAGAGGGGUGGCAGUGACCUCUUAGGGUUUGUCGGUUGCUGCUUUUUUGUUGCAAUCCGACAGCUCACGGGGUAGUGACAGUUGCUGAUCAAGGGCUUGCGCACCACCAGAUGAACUGCUGCGCUCGGUGAAGUUGCUGCCUAUUCCUCCGUGAGUAUCCGCAUUUAUGGCCUGUGGGUACUCGCACUCGUCUUUGGUUUCUUCCCGUGCUUCUUGGCAGAAUAAUAUCAAAGGAAGUGUGGUUGAUUCACAGAAGUCCUCCGUCUUCUGAGAUCCCCACAAAUUUGUAUACUUCUCGAAGUCCAGAAGACAAAGGAGACGCUUGAACAAAGGCGUGCAUCGUUC